UUUUCGAAGUGACUUUUUUAUUCGUUGCGCGCCAUUCGAAGAGUCAAGUUGUUAAUUGUCGCGUCGUGUGUGAAAAGUACUCUGGCUGAUCAAACUCGGCUUACAUGCAUACAUACUCAACCAGUUAAGAGGCACGGCACUGAGAGAGACCAAAGAGUCUGAAAACCAGCUUAGAGCGAGCCGACAAGUGUGUCUUGCAAACAGCAUCCGCUCUUGCCCGUGCAAGCAAGCGAAACAGCAUUACCUGUGUUAUUUUGGAGUCGUCUUCUCUUGCUUCUCUCUUCUACGUGGAGCGUAGCUUGGCGAGCGUCUUUUCUUCAGCCAAGAAUUCAUUCCAUUCCCCACGCUCUCAGCUCCGCUCGCGCGUUAUUAACAGCUCUCGAUAGUGUAGGGUGUGGUGCUGGGCGCUUUUUCACAUUUGGCGCACGCGAAACUCAGGAGAAUUCAUUCAACACAGUUUCACCAAUAAUAUGUGGCGCCCUAAGAUGGUAAAUAACGUGGGAGGCACGGUAGCUGGAUCCCUUCUGCUGGGACUCGCCCUCCUCGCCACGCAGGCAGAGGCGCAGAGGACGCCAACCAUUUCGUACAUCACACAGGAGCAGAUCAAGGACAUCGGCGGCACUGUCGAGUUCGACUGCUCCGUUCAGUAUGCCAAGGAGUACAACGUACUCUUCCUCAAGACCGACUCGGAUCCCGUCUUCCUCUCCACGGGCUCCACGCUCGUCAUCAAAGACUCGCGCUUCUCGCUGCGCUACGAUCCCAGCUCUUCCACCUACAAGCUGCAAAUCAAGGACAUCCAGGAGACGGACGCUGGCACCUACACCUGUCAGGUGGUGAUCUCCACCGUGCACAAGGUGAGCGCCGAAGUCAAGCUCUCUGUGCGCCGCCCGCCCGUCAUCUCCGACAACUCCACGCAAUCGAUUGUGGCCAGCGAGGGCAGCGAGGUCCAAAUGGAGUGCUUUGCCAGCGGUUACCCAACUCCGUCCAUCACAUGGCGUCGCGAGAACAAUGCCAUUCUGCCAACGGAUAGUGCCACCUAUGUGGGUAAUAUACUGCGAAUCAAGUCGGUGAAGAAGGAGGACCGCGGCACCUACUACUGUGUGGCCGACAACGGUGUCAGCAAGGGAGAUCGCCGCAACAUUAACGUGGAGGUGGAGUUUUCGCCAGUGAUAACCGCGCCGCGGCCCCGUCUCGGCCAGAUGCUGCAGUAUGACAUGGAUCUGGAGUGCCACAUUGAGGCCUACCCACCGCCGGCCAUUGUCUGGACCAAGGAUGACAUCCAGUUGGCCAACAACCAGCACUACAGCAUCUCGCACUUUGCCACCACCGACGAGGUCACCGACUCGACGCUGCGUGUGAUCACCAUCGAGAAGCGCCAGUACGGAGAUUAUGUGUGCAAGGCCACCAAUCGCUUUGGCGAGGCCGAGGCCCGUGUGAAUCUGUUUGAGACCAAUAUUCCGGUGUGCCCGCCGGCCUGUGGUCGGGCGUCCUAUGCCGGAGCCGAGGAUGUGGCUGCCUCCUCCUUUGCCCUGGUGGGCAUCUUGAUGGCGCUGCUCUUCACCAGAUAAGCCAAUGGUCCCGCACUGACUCUGACUACAAACGCUCCAAGUCCAAAACAUCAAUCAGCCCUCGAAUACAUAAAUAUAUACUAUACACACAUAGCUAUAUAGUAACCUACAUCAUAUACAGAUCCAACCAACAGACGUCGCAAAUGAAUAUCCCCCUCCCCCUCCCCACCACCCAGACUCCAGAAAAUGUUUCAUUUCGAUUCUCUUUCCCUCUGUUCCUGUCUUUGUUUUGUAGUUUCUGUUUCUGUUUCCUUUUCCUUUUCCGUUUCGCCCUGUCCAAUCUUCAAACGUCCAAUAUUAUGUCUUAAGUUAAGUACGCUAAGUGAAAGGGCCCACGAUAACUAGAUCAGAACAGUCGAUAUAGUUUAUUUAGAACCUAAAAGCCGAACCCAGCCGCCACAUUCGUCCGUUUUGUUUUCUGAUCUGGCUCUGUAUAUGUUUUAAAUAUGUAUUUUAUUCUAAGCAAAAGACAAUGACAAUGACGACGACGACGACACACAUCACAGCAUUCCAAGUACACAUCUCAGAAUUAUGGGAGUAUUUUAUGUUUAUUUAAUAAAUAUUAAAGUAUUUUCGUUCUGCAAAACAUGACACACCACACCCCAAAACAAAACUACAAAUUUGCAUUGGUAUCGCGGCUAAAUUCAUAUCCGAAUGAAGGCAACAUCGUUGUGUACAUCAUUAGCUCCUAAGCGCAUUUCGAAAGUCUUUUGAACACCGACAAAUUGUACGCCCUAUUUUUAAUGAGGGUGUAGCAAAAAAAUCUAUUUCGACUUUGUACUAAAAUAUAAAAACCAAAACAAAACAAAAAAAAAUGAAUAAAAAUAUAUAAAAGUAA